CGCCCCUGCUUCUUCCUCCCGUCUGGAAAGUGCCUUUUAUUUAUUGCUUAUUUGUACAGGUCGCACGAGCCCCCCCAGGACGCACUCGCAGCUGUCAGGUCGCCCCCCCCCAUCCCUCUGGGCGCGUGUGCAGGAGGGGUCGGGCCCUGGGAUGCUUCCCAGGGGCCCUGCAACACUCCCUGGAGGGUGCGGCCUGGUUAAGCUGUGACAGACUCGGGCAGACCCUGGCCAAGCUUCCCAAUGGCAGUCCCUGGUGUCAGAUCCAUUCCAACCUGCUCUGGUCUUCCCAAGGCACAGAUGAAUUUCUGCAUUAUUUUGUCACAGUGGAGAAAUGAGUGAAAGCCGAGAGCUGGCAUUUUUCGAGUGGGGGCUUGAGUCUAAAAUGGUCGAGAAAUACGAAUCUAGGCAUGAUUCUUACAGUCCACUUUUGCCACCAGACAACUCAAAAGCAGCUAAACGCAAGCAAGGAUAUUUGGCUUCCUGGAGAAAAAAGUAGAAAAUGCAAAACGAAAUAAUAAAGCCUGCUAAAUACUUCUCUGAAGUGGAAAAGAGUGUGCUACUUGCAUUAGUUGAAAAGUACAGAUAUGUACUUGAAUGUAAAAAAAGUGAUGCAAGAACUAUUGCAUUGAAACAACGUACUUGGCAAGCACUUGCCCAUGAAUAUAAUUCUCAGCCUAGUGUGUCACUAAGAGAUUUCAAGCAGUUAAAGAAAUGCUGGGAAAAUAUCAAAGCACGGACAAAAAAGAUAAUGGCACAUGAAAGACGGGAGAAAGUAAAAAGAAGCAUUAGUCCUCUUAUAAAUACUCACAUCAUAGGAAAAGAGAAGAUUGCCAGCAUGAUGCCUGAGCAAAUGUACUUUUUACAGAGUCCGCCAGAAGAAGACUUUGAAUAUCAGCCUGAUACUUCUAACCAAGUAUCAUUUGUUGUUUCAAAUAAAGAACUAUGUGAUGAAGAGAGAGAAUUGGUACAUUUCCCAGUAUGUGAAGGCACCUCUCAACCUGAGUCAUCCUAUUCAGAUGUCAGAAUAGCAACAGAUAAAAACUACAGAAGUAAAGCCACUCAGGAAAGUGCUUUGAAAAAGAUGCAAGAGGAAGAACAUCACCAGCAAAUGUCAAUUUUACAACUACAGCUGAUACAAAUGAAUGAAGUGCAUGUGGCAAAAAUACAACAAAUUGAAAGGGAAUGUGAGAUGGCUGAAGAGGAACACAGGAUAAAAAUGGAAGUGCUAAAUAAAAAGAAAAUGUAUUGGGAGAGAAAACUCCAAACCAUCACAAAAGAAUGGCCUGUAUCAUCUUUUAACAGACCCUUUCCUAAUUCACCCUAGAAUGUAUGGUGACAGAGAUUCAGUCUAAAUGAGCACAAGAUAACUAUGGUAUAUUGGACUGAGGGUCUGUUAAGAUAAAUGGAAGUUGUAGCAGAAUGGCUGUCCACUCAGUAAUGAACAUUUUUUUUCCAGCUAGGAAAACAGAUGUGGUGGGGUUCAAUAAGGGCAAAGUCUGUAGUUCAUUUGUGGGUAAAUGAAAAUUAUUGCCCCCUAUUCGACUUUGAUAUGCACAGUAGUGCAUUUAAAGGAUGAGCAUAAUGUUUCUUUUCUUCAAAUUCCCAGCCACCCAUUUUUACAGUCAGGACAUUCUCUUAGAGUAGACCUUACUUGAAAGUUUUUUGAAAAUGCUCCAAUUCCAGGUUUAGUUGCUUGCUUUCUAGUUUCUUUCUUGUUGGUUGAAAACAAGGGUUGGAAUUGCUUUUUAGUCUUACCCUGGAGAGAGGAGUAAUCCACUGAUAUGCUGGGACAGGGAUGGAGAGAGGAAUUACUCUAUUUUUUUAUUUCCUCUCUGCAGCAGGUAGGUAAAAAUGAAGGACAUCAUGAGGGGACCAUUUCAGUAACUAAUUUGCAGAGGAGAGAAGUCAGACCCUUCAACAAGAUGGUUGAUGGAGAAGAUGCUUAUGUACUGGUCUGCUAGCUGUUGGGGCCAUGACAGAGGAGAAGAGGGAAAAAAAGAACUAUUAUCUCCCAGGAGCUGUCCUACUUCUGUCUACACCUUGCAGAUGCUAGGCUGGUUAGAAGUAGGAAGCAAACUGCUACAGCUGCUUCAGUGAGAAGCAGCCUCUAAAGGACACUGUUUACCUGUAGUUGUUCUGGGGAAGAGAAGCUUUGCUAUAUUAUGAAAUUCUUGAAAAGCAGUUGGCUACCCAGCCCAUUAGCAGCUUCUUCUUCUACCUUGCAGUAUUAGUCCACGACCUCAGUAGCCCAAUCAGUGCAUAUGGGCCUUGCCCUCAUUACAAGUGAGGAUUGUGAAUCCUGUUAGUCUCUACACCCCCAUCCCACCCCCAACCAUGCUGCACAGGGCAGGAGGAGGCUGAGGCAGAUUCUCACUUCUUGGUACUAUGUUUUAGCCUAGUAUUUGUGUCAGUGCCUGUGAAUUCUCUCUUGGUCCUGUCCCAUGUGUUAGCCUAAAGCAAUUUCUGCCUCUGCUGUCAGCUAAGGACCACUACUUUGAUGAUUUAUUUGUAUUAGAGUAGGAUCUAGAGGCCCAAACAGGAAUUGGAGCCCAAUUAUGUUAGGUGUGAUAUAUAUACAUAAUAAAAGACAGUCCCUGCUCCCAAGUGAAGCCAGGCCUGGAAAAUCAGAAAUAUGAUAGAAAAUCUAAAGUUAUAGAGUACAGGUUUUAGGAGUCUUUUCUCUGAAAAGGUGUUUUGGAGGAGGGGUAUAGGAACAUUUUUAAGGCUUGACAGAACAUGAGCAAAAAUAAUACUCAUAUUUUUUAAGUUAUGAAUCUCAGAAUCCUAUUAUUUUAAAUGUUGUAUUUCACAGAUCUGUACAAUAGCAAUAUUUUCUAAGUCAAAGUGUGGAUGGUACCCUCUUCCGUCCCAGUGGUCCUCUGAUUACAGCCUUUUUUUUCGGAUUUUCUUUCUGGCUUGAGUUUUCAUUUUAACUUUUCUCUGGUUUGUUUUUCUGGCUUCAGUGCAUGCCUGUCAGUUUUGUGCCUGUCAGUUAUAAUGCGGUGGCAGUGAAUGGAGUAAUAUGAACUUUAUCAUAUACGAGAAGCACAACUAAGUUAGCUCCUGCAGAAAGACCAAAAAGAAUAGAGGUAAAAUCUAAAGAGGCAAACCUAUCGAAUAGGGAAAUUUCAUUUUUUGUGUGGAUUGAACUUUUCUCGUGUAGGAAUGGAGCAUAGAGUUUAAGAGGAGGGAGUAAGGUAAGAGAGUUUUACUUUGGUCCAAAAGAAACAUCAUAAUAAAUGACAGUAUGCAUAAGUCAAUGAGGUGGGGAAUGAAAGAAGAAAACGUGGUUGGGGAAGGUAAUAUUUUGGUGUAAGGUUUUGAUCUCUGGCUUGGACUGCGUGAUGGUGCUUUCACCUGGUGCAUGCACCAUCUACAGCACCACUGAAAGGGUGGAAUGAGGGAUAUGUCAAAUUAUCAUACAAAAUCAUAGAAUAGUAAAGUUGUGAGAGAAUUCCUGCAGGACACCUAGUCCAGCCCGCUGCUCAAGGCAGGAUCAUCCCUGAUUAAACUGUUCUAGUCAAGCAUCUGUCUAACCUACUCUUAAACAUCCAAGAAUAGAAAGUCAUAAUCAUUCUUGGUAGCCUAUUCCAAUACUUUAAUAAACAUCUUCCUAAUCUCCAAUGUAAUUUUUUCCUGCUGUGAUUUGGGACCAUUUUUCUUAGUUCUGUCUCUUACAGCAACAGAGAAUAAUCUAGCUCCAUCCUCCUUAUAGCCACCCUUCAAGUUUCAUAGUUUUGUAGACGUUAGGGUUGGAAGGGACCUCAGUAGAUCAUUGAGUCCAACGCCCUGGCCUGGGCAGGAAAGAGUGCUGGGGUCAUAUGACCCCAGCCAGGUGCUUGUCCAGUCUCCUUUUAAAGACCCCCAGGGUAGAGCACCACCUCCCUUGGGAGCCCAUUACAGAUUCUGGCAACCCUUACCAUAAAGAAGUUCUUCCUGAUGUCUAAUCUAAAUCUGCUCUCUGUCAGUUUGUGGUCAUUGUUCCUGGUUAUUCCAGGGGGUGCCCUGGUAAAGAGAGCAUCUCCUAUUUCUUGCUGCUCCUCCUGAUGAAUUUGUAAAAGGUAUUUACAGUCUGUUACUAAAUCCCCACCUCAGUCCAGACUAAAUAAUCCUAAUUCUUUAGGAUUCCUUCUUUUAUAAGGAAUGUUUCUCAGGUGUCUAAUCAUUUGUUUUUGCUCUCCACUGUACUCUUUCUAAUUUGUCCAGAUAUUUCUUAAAGCAAGGGUCCCAAAACUGAACCCAGUACUCCUGGUGAGGCCUCACCACUACUGAAUAGAAUGGAAGAAUCACUUGUCUUGAUUUGCAAGUGACACUUUAGUGACUGGGGAACCCCACUUGAUAUCUCAUCCCAACUAGACAUUUAGGGCCUUUGUACACGUAAUAAAAUUGGUCUUUAACGCAGCUUAAAUGCCCUUUUGCACCGCUUUAGUGGUGUUGCUGUUACAUGCUUGGCGGCAUAUUCCGCUUUACAUGACUUUCUAAUGUAGCAAGGUAAAACCCAUCUGAGGUGUUCUAGUUUGCUACCUAGCAAAGUCCAACGGUGCAUGGGGCGCUGGGAGCUGACAUGCUCAGGGAAGCUCGGGUUUAGCGGGCUUCCAGCACCCCGUCCACUGUCCCCACCACUUUCUCCUGCCACCAGCACACCCAGCCAUCCUCCUGGCACCUUGCAGCUCUAUCCCUGGGACUAGCCAGCCGUUCCCAGGCAGUCCCAGGUGGCGGGAAGGCAGCAGGAAUGGUGCACGGGGUGCUGGAGCUUACCUGCCUCUCCGGUGGUGGGGGGGGGGGAGCUGCUGGCAGGCUGAGUUGCAGGGGACCCUGGUGCUUCCCUCCAUGGUGGCAGGGCCCCCCAUGCGGUACCCACCUACUGGCACCUGGCCUGGGCACCACCGCCACACAGGUAAGCACCAGGCCCUGUGCAGCUCGGGCAGGCAGGCUCUGGGAAAAAAAAAAAAAAAUCAGGCUCCUCACUGCUUUUUUUUCCCCCUCAGUCAAGCCUGCUUGCAUGAGCUGCCACAGGUCACACAGCCCCUGAGCUGUGUGGGGCCUCGUGCUUCCCACCAUGGUGGUGGCACCCCCAGGGACUGUCCAGGCUGAGUGUGAGCAGGCAGGUGCCGCCCUGGGGUGCUGCCGCUGCGAAGGGAAGCACUGGGCCCCGCACAGCUCAAGGACCACUCAGCCCACUGUCAGCUCGUCCUUCCCCCUCCCCCCACCAAGGGAGAGCCAAGUAGGCUGAGAAAAAAAAAGGAUCAGGCCCCCUCACCCUUGUGCACACGACAGGGGGGUAGUUCUCCUUAAAUGGAAACAGUGGCUUUUAAAAAAACCCACCGUUUCAAUUUAGAGAGAAUUAAACCCCUGUUCUGUGUACAAGCACCCUUAACCAGUGACUCAAUGAGCGCAAUGAUUCACCAGUUAUGUAUCUACCUUGUAGUAUUUUCAUCUAGUCCACUGAUUCCCAGUUGGGGUGCAGCGAGAUCCAUUUAAGGGCGCCACACUGCUGAUGCCACCAGGUGGAACUGGUCCACUGUAUCUCUGUGUUCCAGGAUAUGCCAUUCAGGGCUAGUCUGGAAAAUGGCUGUGGCAGGGGAGUCCCUGUAUAGCAUGGCCUGAUAAGGAGGGACUGCCAUGAAGCUGCUGCUACUGCUGCUGGCAGCCUGCGAGAGAGCCCAGACCAGCAAUGCCGCUAUGACUGAUAGGAUACAUAGGUGCUGCCUCAGCCCCUGCUCUUCUUGGCAGUUGAGAGGCAACCCCUGGGCUUCAUGCUUCAAGGCAAAGGGGUUGAGAGUGGGGGCAUGCCUCCCUUGCAUGAGGAAAGGACUCCCUCUGCCCACAACUGCAGGGAAUGCUGCUAGAAGUUAUACAGGAUUCCCUCGCUUUAUGCGGGUUCUGUAUGUGCAAAUUCGCUGUUAUGCGUUGAUCCUUUUUAUACCAAAAAUUUGUUAUAUGCUAGGUAAAUUCACUCUUAUGCGAUGGGUGUGGUGGAAGCCCAAGCGCUUUGCUCUCUGCUGCAGCUGUGCCACACCCCCUGCCUUCCCAGCAGUGGGACACACAUGGCAUCGCGUGGCUCUUGGGGUAGUGGGGCUCAAAGUGCAGCACUCAGUGGCAGCUGCCUCUGCCCCACACACAGAUCGGGGGGCAUGUGCCCUCUGGGCCUCCACUUGUCCUAUCAGAGCCAGGGCCCCACUCACCCCACCCCCUGCUCCUGCCUGUGCCCUGCUCCCUCCCUCACUGCUGGGGCCUCGAUCUGCUCCCCCCCUCCCCGCCCCCAAUGGAACAUAUCCCUAUUUGUUACAUUGUAAAGUGGGUUCCCUUUAUGCAAAUUUGAGUUAUGUACCAUUUUCCAGGAACACAAGUACAAUAUAAAGCGAGGGAAACCUGUAGAGGGUACCUUGAGUCUAAGAAGGCUGAGACUUACUUUCUAAGGGGGUAGGAAGCACCUGGACCAAAGUAAUCCUUAUGUUUACUUCACAGACAAUAUGUUAUACCAGGGAGGUUCGAUGCUUGGGGUUUGGUCUGGUUCUUCAUAUGAAGAGAAGCUAGUAAUUCCUUCACAUACUCAUGCUGUCCAAAAUCACAUUAGGCUUUUUUUUGUGUUCCUGCUAUGUCACAAUGGAACUCUAGGGUGCCUAUACACGAGCAGGGAGACUGCUCUGACGUGCUUUAAUUACAGCAUGUCAGAGCAGACUCGAUUGAUGGCUUGAUUAAGUCUGUUGGAGCAUGGUAAUUACCACGCUCCAGCAGCCUCCCAUGUCUCAUCUAUCAGCGUCCCCACGCUUCAAAAUGGCAGCUGGGUACUUUAUCUAAAUCUAAUUCAAGCUUUACAUAAAGCACCCCUGCCACCAUUUUGAAGUGAGGGGAUGCUGAUGCACGAGAUGCUCUGGGUGCUUCAAUUAGAGCAGCUCUGAGAGCAGCUUUUUUCUUUGUGUGUUUGUAGGGUUUUUUCUUUGUGUGUGUUGUGUUUGUGUGAUGCUGGAGCAGGGUGGGGGCAGGAAGUAGGGAAAUGCCUGGGUGUGGGCAGGGCCGAGCUCCUGCUUCCUGCUGCUGGCUACCCCUGGGUCCUACUGCCCCUGGUUCCUGUCCUCUUUGCCAGGCAGCCAGGAGCAGAUAAAUAUUUUCUAAAUUUUGUAUGGGUCCCGUGAGCCAGAUAGAAUGGCUUGGCAGGCUGCAUCCAGCCCGCUUGUCCACCCUUGGUCUGGAGGCUUUUCACAGUGUGUUCAGGGAUGGUGCAGUCGUCAACUUACUGAAGGUUAAGCGUGGCUGUUUUGGUAUGUUGGUCUUCAGGCAAAAAUGACCCAGAAUGAAGAGCCCUCUAUCUGCUUAGCAUUCAGUGUCAACUCUGGAAAAAAGGCAGUCCUUAAUGAAAACCAAGACGAUUUUCAAAAAAAUGGAGAAGAGUUGGGGUGAUGGCAAAAUAAUCAUUGUGGCAUAAUUCCAUGAUUACUAUGAAGUAAAAUAACCAGUUAAAGAUUUUUGCUUUGCAUUCAUAUAUGCACUUAUAGCUAAAAAAUGUGUGCAGAGCCAAGACAAGCAGUGAAUACUUUGUGAAUGUCAGCUACCUUGACAGGUGUUAUGAAGGGUAUAGGUCAGUAUCUCUAAGCUGAUUAAUUAUUAGGAGCAAAUUUCAUUGUGAUUAGUUUGAGGGUAUGGAAAUGACUGCUUUAACAGACAAUAAAUUAAGCAAUGUAUUUUGUUUACAAAUCAGUAGGACCGGCAGGGAUUCAGUGCACUGACUAAUAAGAGCUUAGUGAUGAUUUAAUAACUAGAUUUCAUUGUACUUCCACAGAAGUAGGUUCUAUGAGAGUGACUUAUGCCUUCCUCUAAAUGCUACAGGGCAUCCUAAAGCAGAAACUGGGUUGGGGGGAGGCAGUUCUCUGACCUAAGAGAAGCAAGUGGGUGUUGGAGAAUGUAGUCCAGCUCUACAGAGCUUAGGCAGGAAAAACCAUGACCCUAUCCUGUAUAGGAUCUCUUUUCUUAAAUUCACAUUCAGUGCCAAAUCUUAAUUCAGAGGCAUAAUGUUUGCACAACAUGACACUUCACAAGAUGCAAUAGUGUCUAUUUUUACUGGGCACGGAGCAUUUCCACCAGACAUUUGCAUGGAGAUGUUCUUACCUAGAGCCCAUAGGCCUUACCAUGAGAAGGAGAUUUCAUUUACUUUUUCUCUAAUUUCUCUAGGAUCUGUUAUUUUUUCCAUCAUCUUCUUUGUGCUCACACCUGGUUUUUCUUUUUUGCUACAUCACAUAACCAUUAUUCCUUAUUUCUUUCCUUCAGAAUUUUGGAACCAUAAAAAAAUGGUUCACUAAUUCAGCCUUACUAAACUUACUUUAGAUUUAAUUUCCCUCCCCCCCCCGCAACUUUUUUUUUGUCAGAGGUGGGGGUGUGGCAGUGGUGAGCAGGCAGCCACAGAGGUGUUAGCAGUGGGGGCGGCCCAAGCAGAGAGCUCCCGCAGGCAACCACAGCGGUGUUGGGGGGAUGGGGAGGGCGAACACUGACCAGUGGUCGGCAACCACCCAUAGAUGCUACCAGCAGGAGCGGCAGCAGCUAGUGAUGAUCAGGGACCACCUGCAAACGCCACCGGUGAUGUCAGCAGUGAGGGGUGGGGUGGGGUGGGGUGGGGGUGGAGGAGUAGCAAGCGUCGACUGCCCACAAGCGCUGCUGGCAGUGUCAGUGGCACUUUUCACAGGGGGUGCACUGCCAAUCUCAGGGGGUGCAUAUGCACCUGCAUACACCCGCUACGUAUCACUAGUGUUUUCUAACCAUAACUAUGGUGGCUCUUAGGAAGCUUCAGCCACAUUCUUCCACACUCCAAGACUCCUACUUCCCUGUUAUUCACCCAAGUUACUUUCUAAUCCUAUGUUCUUUUCCUAGUAUCUAAUACUGAAACUGCUUAUUACUAGGAGUAGUCAAGAGGAGCAAGCAGGACUAUUAAGUAAAGCACUGGAUCAGGCUACCCAGAGAGGCAGUGGAAUUUCCAUCAGGUUUUUAAAACCUGGCUAGACCAAGCCUUGGCUGGGAUGAUAUAGAUUCAUAGAUUCAUAGAUGUUAGGGUCGGAAGGGACCUCAAUAGAUCAUCGAGUCCGACCCCCUGCAUAAGCAGGAAAGAGUGCUGGGUCUAGAUGAUCCCAGCUAGAUACUCAUCUAACCUCCUCUUGAAGACCCCCAGGGUAGGGGAGACCACCACCUCCCUUGGGAGCCCGUUCCAGACCUUGGCCACUCGAACUGUGAAGAAGUUCUUCCUAACAUCCAAUCUAAAUCUGCUCUCUGCUAGCUUGUGGCCAUUAUUUCUUGUAACCCUUGGGGGCGCCUUAGUGAAUAAAUUCUCACCAGUUCCCUUCUGUGCCCCCGUGAUGAACUUAUAGGCAGCCACAAGGUCGCCUCUCAACCUUCUCUUGCGGAGGCUGAAAAGGUCCAGUUUCUCUAGUCUCUCCUCGUAGGGCUUGGUCUGCAGGCCCUUGACCAUACGAGUUGCCCUUCUCUGGACCCUCUCCAGGUUAUCCGCAUCCUUCUUGAAGUGUGGCGCCCAGAAUUGCACGCAGUACUCCAACUGCGGUCUGACCAGCGCCCUAUAGAGGGGAAGUAUCACCUCCCUGGACCUAUUCGUCAUGCAUCUGCUGAUGCACGAUAAAGUGCCAUUGGCUUUUCUGAUGGCUUCGUCACACUGCCAGCUCAUGUUCAUCUUGGAGUCCACUAGGACUCCAAGAUCCCUUUCCACCUCUGUGCCACCCAGCAGGUCAUUCCCUAGGCUGUAGGUGUGCUGGACAUUUUUCCUCCCUAGGUGCAGCACUUUGCAUUUCUCCUUGUUGAACUGCAUCCUGUUGUUUUCUGCCCACUUGUCCAACCUGUCCAGGUCUGCCUGCAGCUGUUCCCUGCCCUCCGGCGUGUCCACUUCUCCCCAUAUCUUUGUGUCAUCUGCAAACUUGGACAGAGUACAUUUGACUCCCUAGUCCAAGUCACUGAUGAAGACACUAAAGAGUAUCGGUCCAAGGACCGAGCCCUGCGGGACCCCACUGCCCACACCCUUCCAGGUCGAGACCGACCCAUCCACCACGACUCUUUGGGUACAACCCUCUAGCCAAUUCGCCACCCACCGGACUGUGUAGUCAUCCACAUCACAGCCUCUUAACUUGUUCACCAGUAUGGGGUGGGAUACCGUAUCGAAGGCCUUCCUGAAGUCUAAGUAUACGACAUCCACCCCUCCUCCUGUGUCCAGGCAUUUCGUAACCUGGUCAUAGAAGGAGACUAGAUUGGUCAGGCACGAUCUGCCUGCCACAAACCCGUGCUGGUUUCCCCUCAGCAGAAUUUGCCCUGCCGGGCUCUCACAAAUGUGAGCCUUGAUAAUUUUUUCAAAUACUUUACCAAGGAUGGAGGUGAGACUGACUGGCCUAUAGUUGCCCUGGUCCUCCUUCCUCCCCUUCUUGAAAAUGGGGACUACGUUAGCCCUUUUCCAAUCUUCUGGGACUUGGCCCGUGCACCACAAGCGUUUGAAUAUUCCCUCCAGUGGCUCUGCAAUGAUGUCGGCCAGUGCCUUCAGCACCCUCGGAUGGAGCUCAUCCGGGCCUGCUGACUUAAAGGCAUCCAGUUCUUCCAAGUGACUCUGCACCACCUCAGGAUCUACGUAUUGAAGUCUGGCGCCUUGCUGCUGCCUCUCUACAACCCCAGUGAGAGACUUGUCGUGCCCCUCACUUAGGAACAUUGAGGCAAAGAACUCGUUGAGGAGUUCAGCCUUGUCCUCCCUGUCUGUCACCAAUUGUUUCUGCCCAUUUAGCAGAGGUCCUAUUCCUCCCUGGGCCUUCCUUUUACUCCCAAUAUAUCUAAAAACCAAUUUCUUGUUGUCUUUUACUUGGGUUGCCAUCCUCAGCUCCAUGGUAGCUUUGGCCCACCUAACUGCCUCCCUACAAGCACGAGCAGAGGAGGUAUAUUCAUCUUUAGUGAUCUCACCCUGUUUCCACUUUUUAUGUGCUCCCCUUUUGGCCCUUAGGCUGCCCUGGAUUUCUCUGGUCAGCCAUGGAAGCCUCCUGGCCCCUUUCCCUUUUUUGCCUCGCUCGGGGAUCAUCUCGCUUUGUGCCCGAAGGAUCGUUUCCUUAAGGCACAGCCACCCUUCUUGGGCUCCCAUCCCUUCAAAACUCCUGCUCUGCAGUGCGUCCUUGACUAAUCGCCUGAGUGCAUUGAGAUCAGCUUUCCUAAAGUCUAGCACUUUCACCCUACUAGUUACCCUACCCACUCGACGUCUUAUGUUGAAUUCUAUUAUUAGGUGAUCACUGUCUCCCAAAUCGCUACCGAUCUGGAGGUCCCCUAUCAUGUCAUCCCGUUGCCAAUACCAGAUCCAGUAUGGCAUUCCCCCUAGUGGGACCAUGCAUCUCCUGUGUCAGGUGGAGGUCUUGUACACAGGUUAGAAACCUGCGUGAGCGAUGGGACCUUGCUGUCUGCGUCUCCCAGUAGAUGUCCAGGUAGUUUAGGUCCCCCAUGACUACCGCCUCUUUAGCUUUUAUGGUCUCCGAGAGUUGCCUCAGGAGCCCCGCAACUAUUUCUUCCCCUUGUGUGGGGGUCUGUAGCAGACCCCUACCACCAAAUCCCUUUCUCCUUGCCCCCCAUGUAGCCUAACCCACAAUCCUUCUACUUCCUCAACCUCGGAUUCUGUCUUGAUGAGGGUUGAUGUAUAUUGCUCACUGACAUAAAGUGCAACCCCCCCCCCCCUUUCUUCCCCGACCUGUCAUUUCUGUACAAUCUAUAGCCCUCAAUAUGUACCACCCAGUCAUGGGAUGAAUCCCACCAUGUCUCUGUUAGCCCCACUAAGUCAUAGGUGUUUAGUGCAAGCAGGAGCGCUAGUUCAUCCUGCUUGUUCCCCAUGCUCCUAGCAUUAGUAUAUAGGCACUUGAGCCCUGUGACUGGUGCCUUUGCUGCCCCCCCGCUCCAAGUCCCAUGGGGCCCAUUGUUUCUUACCUUCUUGUUUCUUACCUGUUCUGUAGUGCUAGUCUCCCCAUGGCUUUCAGGUUUCCAAUGUUCUCCUUCUUCAAGGAUGGGGAUGGUCCUACUUUGAGCAGGGGGUUGGACUAGAUGAUCUCCUGACAUCCCUUCCAAACCUAAUUUUUAGGGACCUACUGAAUUCAUGGCAGAAGUAGAUUAUGCAGUGGUUCCUUUAAUCUUGCAUGUUUCCCCAUGCGUACCUCACCCCUUCCCCUCCCCACCACCCUCCCGCUGCUGAUUAGCAGAGGACCCCGCCACUCCUUCCUGAUCAGCAGGGAAGCUAAAAUCCCUGUUUUAAAUAUAAUGCCAUUUUUGCCUCCCCACCAAUCAACAGCAAACAGCAAGGCCGUCCGGGGCCCCUCAGCCAAUCAGUGGCAGGAGACAAAAAUGGCACAAUAUUUAAAACUGCAGUUUUUCCUCCCCACUGAUCAGGAACAAGCCACAAAUGGAGCCCCUCCACCAAUCAGCGAAGGGGUGGGGGACAUAGGGGAACCUGUAAGGUUAAAGGAGCCACAGCACACCCGACUUCCGUCAUGAAUUCGGUAGGUCAUUACUAGUUUUCUAUGAUUCUGUUCAUACUUCUAACUUCUAAUCUUGUAGCAUUAGUAGUAUCCUUGUCUUGAUGCUGUGUUUUGAUUCUAUUUCUUAUUGUUUUCAUAUAGGUUGCAGUCACUUUCUCUAAUCUUCACUAUUAAUUACCCAUUUGAAACUAAUUCCUCCCCGUUAAAUAUAGGUAUGAUAGGGUAAAUGCAUCAAAUUUGAUACCUUUACAUCAUUAAGUCACUUUUGUACCACUUAGGAACCUUUUAAGUGAUAGUUGUUUACAUUUUGCUGAACUGGAAAGGUGCACCACGAAUAGUCUUGUCAUAUUCAGAUGUUCAGAUACCCUAUGCAAUGAUGUUUUGUAUGCGUCAGGCAACAGAGACAGUUUAAAAUUCAUUCAUGCCCUAUGUCCUUACCCAAUGGAUUUUCUUUAAUUAUCUAAGUCAGGACUGUCUAAUUUUUAAAUGGCUGGGAUUUGCAAGCUGCACUGCUUCUACUCUCCACCCCUCCACAACUUGACUGUACUAAACUACACUGUGUGCAGGUACUGCCCCUGCACAGUGCUACCUGUGGGGUGGGGUCAGGAAGUGGAGGGAAGGGGAACCUGAAAUCCUUGGCUUCUGCUGCUGCAGUGAAAGCAUUGGGAAAGUGGUGGCCGGGUGGGAACCCAGGGGCUGCAAAUUAACUUGCAGGCUGCAUGCGGACUUCAGGCCACUAGCUGGACAAACCUGAUCUAAAUAGCUUUCUGAGUACUUGUGACACCCAUCCAAUGUUUCUUCCUAUCUGUAGACUAAUAUACAGAAAUGUAACAAGUAUAUCCUUGUAUACUAAUAUACUACUAAAAUUCUAUUAUUUGGAGUGAUAAACCAAAUGCAAUAAGAUGAUAGACAUAAGAGGAGAAAAAUGUUAUAUAAUUUUUGUAAAUAUUAAGGCAGAUGAUCAGUGAUUUUCUAGGGAAAAAGAAGGUAAUUUGUUGCCAACCAUCAAAAUAAGAGAAGUAUGUUUUAUGCCAAUAAGAACACAAGUUCUUUACUCUUCCAGUGCCAUGGAAUCAAUUGUGUGUUGUUAAAUUCCAGGGGGGGGUGUGUGUGUGCAUGUGAGAGUUGUUGCAUAAAACCUCUCAGUUCAUUUAGAUGCAAAGAAAGUGUCCAGAGGAAUGUUGGCAGGUGUACUGGAACAAUAAAAAGUAAAAUGGGA